CACUCAUCUCAGCUUCUGGAAAAUAGACUACACAACCGGCGUCCAUCUCCCCACACCACUCUUUAUAUCCAAGUUUAUCCAAGAGAUCACGGACGACGACGUCAAGAAUUCCACAACAGUAUCAUGGAAUCAAUCUGAUGGGACGACGGCACAUCAAGCAAGAUCAAGGAAAUUGGAGUUGCCCGGCUCGUUCGUAAAAGUUCUAUCUUGUCUGACUUUUUGUGAAUCAGUUCGUGCGUUGGAAGUCGAGACAACAAAAAAAAGGGUUGUCCAAACUAUAUGCGAUGGCUGAAGGCGGAGAGGGGAGAGCGGCUUCCCCGCCCCCUCUUUUAGUGGGCCACCCCCAAAGCACGUCGUGUUCGAGCAUCGAGAAGAGCCCCCCCUUUACGGACCCCCCUCCGUCAUUGCUCUUGUUAAGAGAUGGCCGAAAUCGAGGACCCCCGAGUGGACACGCGGACCUGGAGAGUCCCUUGGAGGACGGUCAUGGUGAUGGGCCAAGGCGGAGAAGGCCGGACCCAGAUGGAGGAAUCGCCUCGCCCAAUGUGGCCAUGCCUGGGGAUAUUCAUCCAUUCUCGCGGCUCCAGAUCUCCACCAACUUGAACCCUCCGCCCAGAAAUUGGUUGCAUUCCUAUCCUUCCGGGGUGGACCAUCUCCAGGGCUUUGGGGCCACACCGCAUUAUACAGGAUUUUCGUCCUUGCGGAUGGCACAUCAUUUUGUCGAUUUUUUACGGGAAGUUGAUGUGGUAGCGGAUGCCGAAAACAUUAAGAAAUUGCUCAAAAUUCCGUACAGUAACGCUCCCGUCAGCUUGGUUCUCCAUCGGGUGGGCAACUCCAUUCUCAUCGAUGAGUUUGACAUCCACGGGUUUCUCUUAAGAACUUCGGAAUCCGAAUGGAAAUGGCUCAAGAAGUUCUUCUACGACACGGUGCUUACUUCGGUGGGCGAGAAAAGUCGAGCACUAGUGCGGCGAAAUAUUCGGAGCAAAGCCUUACAAGAGCAAAAUCUAGUGUCAAAGUUCCUGUACCGGAGUCUGCAAGAUGGCGAUACCCGACAGAGCAACCUUAAAGCCAUCACAUUUGAUCCGAGUAUAUUGAAUGUGAGCCAGACUGAAUCCGAGGACCGUAGUGCCGGACCUCUCGGCCCAACUACACCUUGCCAGAAUGCCCUCCGCCUCCUCCCUGAGCCAACCAUUGACGGACUAUUGCCCGAUCCUCGGUCGUCUGGACACGACUUUGCUCGGAAUCUGGUGUGGAACUUUGAAGACAUUCGAAUGCUAAUUGGCUCCGAUUUGCCCAUAUUUGGCGAUGCCGAUCACCCAUCAGUGAGUUUGAGACUACACAACAGUAAGAAGCCCAUCAAUAUCCUCACCGGACUCGAUUAUUGGCUGGACAAUCUCAUGUGUCAUAUCCCAGAGGUUCUCAUGUGCUUCCAUUUGGAUGGGAUCGUUCAACGAUAUGAGUUGGUCAAAACCGAAGAUCUGCCAAAUCUUGAAGGUUGCUCAUUCUCACCCAAAGCGGUUCGUGACGUGGCCAAAAACAUUCUCUCAUUUAUUCAAUCGAAUGCCGCUCGCGAGGGUCAUACCUAUUGGUUGUUCAAAGGCAAGAACGAUGAUUUCGUGAAAUUGUACGACCUCACAUCGAUCUGUGAAGAAGCCGAAAAUCAAAGCACAACUACCGAAGAUGUUAAAUUGAAAAAUCCAUUCCGAUCAGCCGUGGCGGCCCUUCUUUAUCGAGUGGCUCGUAAUAUGGUCACUCGCGGUAAUGGACAUAAAGAAGGGAGCACUAUUCGCCAAUUGCUGGAGAGUUGCCUCAAGCUUUUGGAUAAAGAAAAGCAUCCCGAGUUAGUCACUUCGGCCCAUUUCAUGCUUUCGGAAAUCUAUCUCCCAGAUGAUACUGAUCCGUUUCGCCCCAAAUUUGACGAGACCGAAGACAAACCUAAGAGGAACAAACCAAGUAGCGCGAAAAAGAAUAACGUGAGCGUGAUAGACAUCAAAUCAUUAACGUCGCCGAAUUGUGCAGUUGGUGAGGAUGAAUACUACGAGCCUCCUCCGCUGCCCUCCGAGACAAAGGAACGGUGUAGAUCGGCAUUGAAUCAUGUCGUUGAGGGAAUGGGAUUUCUCGAUGAGUUAGUCCAACGACAAAAUGAAAUGAACGGAAUGAAGCAAAGGGAACAAGAAAUGAAGGAGAGAGAUAACCCGAGGAUGUGCCGACCGAAUGAAGCGAUUCCAAUGUCUUUUGAUGAUCCCAAGACUCGGCGACAGAGAGCCCAAAGCGAGAGUUCCAUUCAUACCAUGACGCAUUCGUCUCCGAAAGUAGAUCCCUCAAUGUUGUGGCACAUCCACCUGAAAUCUGUGUUGCUUAAAAAAGCCUUCUUGGUGUACAUCACCAUCUCUGAGCUACAUUUUCGCACCGAAAACUAUGGCAGCUCCCUGAGAUGCUUUAAACGAGCUUUGAAUUGCUAUAAAGUGGUGACCUUGACAAACCGCCAAGUUGGCGCAUCGACUGAUUCGGAGAAAAGUUUCCUGUUGUCUUUUGCAUUCGGAUUAGCGGCCGAUUGCUAUAUGGCCAUGGUUAGGAAUUGGAAUCGGAUCGUCAACUACCAAGAGGAAUAUAAUCAAAGUGAAGACUUCGACACAAGUAUCGCGAAUGAAAUUGAAAACCACGUGGAAGAACCCCUUCGAGACUGGAAGAUCAAAUUGCCCCAAGAUAUGGAAGAUGCCAUUCAGAAAGCCAUUAGUUGUUUAGAGCACGGGAUUAGCAUUACCGAUCAAAAAAAUACCCAUGCCUCCAAAGAAGUUGAAGAAGAUUUGGAGAGUAUGAUCAGUCGUUUGGCCAAUGCUCAGAAUGAAAUGGGUGUGUUUUACAUGCAUCAAGCUAAUAACUUAGCCGGAGCGAAACAAGAAGAUAGCGAUAAUAAUGAUGCUGCUGGCGAUCCCGUUGUCUUUAUCAUCGAAAGAAGCCUCGCUUGUUUGACGAAAGGUCUUCAAAACUUUGAAAAAAUCCAAGAUUCACUGAACUGUGCCCUCCUCCAUUGCAACAUUGGUCGAGCUUUUAAGGUCAAGGCUUACUUAUUGGAACGCAAUGGUGGAAACAGUGGUGAUACGAACAUACUGCCUCUUUAUGAUCAGGCUUUGAAGCAUUACGAGCAAUCCAUUGGCCUUGUUGGGCACCGACGUAAAAAUCCUGACUUUUGGGACAGUAUCACGUGGGAAUACUCGGGGACCCUUUACCACAUUGGCAGUCAGCUACAAACUGGCUCCCCUAGAGACACGAUGAGUCGAGAUGAGGCGGAAAAAAGAGUAUUGGAGUGCUACAAGAAAGCCCUGAAAUCGUGCGAUCUAACCACUGAUGGACCCAGACAGCCUCUUUACCAGUAUAGAGCCUUAAAAAUUCAUGUCGGAUUGGCCCAGCUUUACUCAACCUCGAGCGCUGCCCUUUCUAAAGACCUGAGACACAAUCCAAGAUUUUUUCAGCUCAUGGAAUUGGCUGACGGUCAUUAUGAUUGCGCUUCUCAACUAGCCAUUUCUUUGGGCAAACACCUUUCGCAUUUUCGUAUUCAGUCUGAACGACUAUGUUUAUAUUUUGUAGCUUUUGAGCGUCUCAAGAAGCCUCGGGACAUUCACACGUUCGUCGAAAAAGGGCUGGAUCUUCUAGUUGGGUGUUUGCCCACCGUUUUAGCCAUAGAAAGUGCCACUCAAAAUGAGAACGAAGAUGUAGAAGACGGGGUUGAAGAUUCUGAAGUGAACUUUUUGCAUUCGUUUCUCAUCAAAAAGAUACAAGAGUUCUUUUUGUUUGUUAAUCAAUUCAUCGGUUCUAAGAAAAGGAAGAAAGAGAGCUUUCCCGCCAUGGCGGCUGCCAAAGAUCUGUAUUCGAGGACUCUUCGUUUGCCCAUGCAACCAAAUAAUGAAGAUCCAACCGGAAUAAGUGGUGAAAAGAAUAUGGUUUCUUUUUCGAGUCUAGUAGACUUUUUAAAUCGCGUCUCUAAAGAGAGAGAAGUCUUCAAACAUGGCCUUUUGUGAUAUCAAAUGCAUGUGUCAGAAACAGCAACAAACAAAUAUAAUGCAUCCAAAACGAAA